AUGGUUAAGAUAAUAUUUCUCCAUCCUGAUUUGGGUAUUGGUGGUGCUGAGCGGUUAGUUAUAGACGCUGCGCUUGCUUUCAAGAAUAAAGGCCACGAUGUAGCCUUUUACACGAAUCAUCACGAUCCUACGCACUGCUUCGCUGAGACACGAGAUGGUACGUUUCCUGUAUCGGUUGUGGGCGACUGGAUACCUCGCUCUAUAUUCGGUAGAUUCAAAGCCGCGUGUGCUUACGUACGCAUGGUUUACGCCGCUGUUUACAUGGCGUGGUACGUGAUACCAGAUGAAGAACCGACUCUAAUAUUCUGCGACCUCAUAUCUCUAUGCAUUCCAUUUUUGAAAAUGGCAAGGGGACCAUUUCGUGUGGUGUUUUAUUGUCAUCAUCCGGAUAAAUUACUCACUUCCGAAGGAGGUUUAUUGAAGAAGAUAUACAGGGCACCAUUGAACUGGCUGGAAGAACUGACGACAGCACAGGCAGACAAAGUCCUAGUGAAUAGUAAAUAUACUGCCCGGGUGUACCAGGAUGCAUUCCAGAGAAUCAAAGAGAUACCUGACAUUUGCUAUCCAUCCAUAAAUACUGAAUACUUUAAGAUGACAAUACCAAAACCUUUGAAAGAGGUUGUACCUGUGGGGACUGAUAAGUUUAUAUUCUUGUCAAUAAAUAGAUAUGAGAGGAAGAAGAAUCUUCAAUUAGCUAUAAGAGCAUUUGAGCAUUUGAAGCAUAUUUUGAAUGAGGCUGACUGGAACAGGGUGCAUUUAAUAAUGGCGGGUGGAUUUGACCCAAUAAACCUGGAGAAUAUGGAGCAUUAUAUUGAGCUAACAGAUUUAGUGGCUGAGCUGGAUAUAGAAGAUAAAAUUACUUUUAUGAAAUCUCCCAAAGAUGAUGAGAAAGUGUCACUGUUGUACAACUGCAGGGCUUUGGUGUAUACUCCAUCUAAUGAGCAUUUUGGCAUUGUGCCUUUAGAGGCUAUGUACUUCAAGAAGCCAGUGAUUGCUGUGAACAGUGGUGGACCUACAGAAACAAUCGUGAAUGAAGUGACAGGUUUCUUGUGCCAACCUAACAGUAAAUCCUUUGCUCAGGCUAUGAGUAAAUUGGUACUGAACCCUGAAUUAGGUGAGAAGCUAGGUGAGGCUGGAUUGAAGAGAUUUGAGACAAAAUUCUCCUUUGAUGCUUUCACGGAUCAAUUAGAUGGUAUCUUGACUAGGGAGAGGCAGAUUGUGUCUGAAGCGAGGGCCAUUGAGUACGAGAAUCGCAAACGUAAAUAA